UUUCUUCCACUCAAUAUUUGGAUUCACAUAUUUAUGACACUAAUCCAAGACCUUUGCCAAUCUAUGAGUGCUCAAUUAACAUGAACUAAAACUUUCUUAAAACCCACCUAUGACCUAAAUGUGUCCCUUCAAUCAGCUUUGCCUAGACUAGUAAACUUUCUGUACUACCAAAAGUCAGAAGAUGAAAAGUAAAAAAAGAAUAAGAGUGAAAGCAGCAAAGAGCCACAUCAUUGAACCCAGCUGCUUAUCUUACUUGUUUUCCCACCAGCAUCACAUACAUACUUGGCAUUGGCAUUGGCAUUGGCUCUAUUCAACUUGAAAAACCCCAAAGAUUCCAAAAUUUCUGAAAACCCAGAAACCCCAGGCUAAAAACCAGAGAGAGGUGGCUUUCAGAUUUUCUCUUCAAAUAGCUACAAAUCACACGUCUUGGCCUGUGCUUUUGUUUCUUGGCGACGUGUUUGGCAUGAAACAAGUCACAGAGAAGUGAUUUUUGUUGGGUCAUUUUGUGAAAUAGUGAAUUGGGUGAAGUGGGAAGAAGAUGUUGUGUGCUUGUUCAGGAGAGCAGUUCAAGUUUGAAGAGCCACCUCAGUCGCCGGAGUCAUUGGCUACCAGGGACUUCUCGGCGAGUGGCCUAUCUUCGAGGACCAUCGGAGAUUGGGACUUGGGCUCGAAAUUUGAUGACAUUCAAGUAGAUGAGGCUGAGUCCACUCUCAAAGAAGCUCUAUCUUUGAAUUAUGAGGAAGCUAGGGCGUUGUUGGGGAGGCUUGAGUUCCAGAGAGGGAAUUUUGAUGCUGCUCUUCAGGUGUUUCAGGGUAUUGACAUUAGGAACUUAACCCCAAGAAUGGCCAAGGCCAUUGUCGAGAGAAUUAGGCACCGAAAACCGCGUGUGAAAGGCGAUAGCUAUGUGAUGCUCAAUGUGAUGUCCUUGCAUUCAGUGAGCUUACUGACUGAGGCAAUAUUGCUCAAGGCAAGAUCACUGGGGGAGCUGGGAAGGUUUAGAGAGGCUGCAAAGGAAUGCAAAGUUAUUCUUGACACAGUUGAAUUGGCAUUGCCUAACGGAAUGCCUGAAGAAAUUGGUGAGGACUGUAAAUUGCAAGAAAUGUUUCACAAAGCACUUGAGUUGCUCCCUAUUUUGUGGACCAAGGCAGGGUAUCUUGAAGAAGCGAUAACUGCAUAUCGCCGGGCUCUGAUCAAGCCAUGGAAUUUGGACCCUGAGAGGUUGGCUGGUGUUCAGAAAAGCUUAGCUUGCACUUUACUGUAUAGUGGUGUAGAAGCAAGCCUUCCACCUCAGCUGCAAGUAUGGGGUCCAACUACACCCAAGAACAGUACAGAAGAAGCAAUCCUGUUGUUGUUGAUACUUAUGAAAAAGGUGGCAUUGAAUCAAAUAAAGUGGGAUUCAGAAGUUAUGGAUCAUUUGAGUUAUGCACUUUCUGUUACUGGACAGUUCGAAUUAUUAGCUAAUCAUUUCGAGCAGGCCCUUCCGGGGUUGUAUGGUCGAGCUGAGAGAUGGUACUUGCUUGCACUUUGUUACAGUGCCUGUGGACAAAAUGAAGAAGCACUGAACCUUUUGAAAAAGGUUGCCGGCUGUUCCGAAGCAAAGAACAAGCCCCAUUUCCUAUCUUUUCUCUUGGGAGCAAAGCUAUGUUCCCUAGAUACGGUUCAUGCUCAUGAAGGGAUAGAAUUUUCGCGUAAAGCUAUUGACUUGGUCAGUGAUCAGUGCGAGCAUUUCAUGGGUCAAGCACAUAAGUUUCUUGGUGUUUGCUAUAGCGGUGCAGCAAGAGCAUCUAUAUCUGAUUCUGAAAGAAUGGUUUUUCAGAGAGAGUCUUUGAACUCUCUAAAUCAUGCUGCUCUUAAUGGGAAGGGGGAUCCCGAGGUAAUGUAUAGUCUUGGCCUCGAAAAUGCUGUGCAAAGGAAUUUAGAUGCAGCUUUCAGUUAUACAAUGAAGUACUCAGAUAUGGUGGCUGGCAGCUCAGGACACGGCUGGAAGCUAUUAGCCCUUGUAGUUUCUGCAGAGCAGCGAUUCAAUGAUGCUGAAGCCAUAGUGGAUUUUGCUUUGGAUGAAGCAGGAAGAAGAGAUCAAUUAGAACUGCUCAGACUGAAAGCGGUGCUUCAAAUUGCUCAGGAACAUCCCAAGCAAGCAAUAGAAACCUACAGAAUGUUGCUAGCUUCUGUUCAAGCACAAAGGAAUUCAAAAGCAAAGAACUUUGAGCAAGGAAGGACCUUAGAUCCUGAGGCAAUUCUGGAAAGAAACUUGGAAAAGGAAGCCUGGAGGGACUUGGCAACCAUUUAUACGAAACUUAGUUUGUGGCCUGAUGCAGAAAUAUGUAUCAAUAAAGCCAAGCUAAUUGAGUUUUAUUCUCCUCAAAGUUGGCAUACGACAGGUACGUUAUUUGAAGCUCAAUCCAAGCACAAGGAAGCCCUCAUUUCGUUCUCAGUAUCACUUUCAAUAGAGCCAGAUUAUGUUCCAAGCAUCGUUUCAACUGCAGAAGUAUUGAUGAAACUCGGUUCUGGAUCACUCCCUAUUGCAAGAAGCUUUUUAAUGAAUGCUCUGCGAUUAGAACCCACAAACCAUGAGGCUUGGUUGAAUCUCGGAAUGUUGUCGAAAAUGGAAGGCUCAUUGCAGCAAGCAGCAGAAUUUUUCCAGGCUGCAUAUGAGCUUCAGCUGUCAGCUCCGGUGCAAAGCUUUGUGUAAACAAUGGUUUCGCAGUUAGUCUUAAGCAUACCACUUCAAGAGUAAUAGACUUAUUAUGCAUAUUCCAAGUAUUAUAAAUGUACAGCAAUCUUGGCUACUUUAGUCCAUCUUAUCGAAAUCAAGGGGUACGUGAGAUCAGUAUAUCCUAGUCAUUAUUCUAUUUUUUGUAGUCGCAUGAGUAGUUGCUUUAUAAAGUCUUAGGCAACAUCA